AUGAUAAAUAGAAAACCAACAAGAAUUGAAUUAAAUAUGGAAGAUAUUGAAGAGUAUGAACAACUAAAAAAAGAACAAACUAAUUCAUAUAAACAACAGCAACAACAACAACAACCAACUACAAUUUCAACCCCAAAACAAUACCCACUCUUAAACACUACCCAACCACCAAAGAAAACUACUGCCCAAAUCAUUGGUUAUGAUCAAUAA